GUGUGCUCGCCUCGCGUCGCUCAAACGGUCACUCGCCCAUCCCCACGCGCUCUCUGCUUCUCCAGCCGCCGGAACAGCCGAUCGCCAUGGGGAAGUGUUAUCCGACCGUGGGCGCGGAGUACGCGAAGGCCGUCGAGAAAUGCAAGAGGAAGCUCAGGGGUGUCAUCGCCGAGAAAAACUGUGCUCCGCUCAUGCUUCGUAUCGCAUGGCACUCGGCUGGUACGUACGAUGUGAAGACGAAGACGGGCGGUCCGUUUGGAACCAUGAGGCAUCCCGCUGAGCUCGCUCACGGGGCCAAUAAUGGUCUGGACAUUGCCGUGAGGUUGUUGGAGCCCAUCAAGGAGCAGUUUCCUAUCCUCUCUUACGCUGACUUCUACCAGCUGGCUGGUGUUGUUGCCGUGGAAAUCACUGGCGGACCUGAAAUUCAGUUCCACCCUGGAAGAGAGGAUAAGCCGGAACCACCUCCUGAGGGUCGUCUUCCUGAUGCCACCAAGGGGUCUGAUCAUUUGAGAGAAGUGUUUGGUCACAUGGGCUUGAGCGAUCAGGAUAUUGUUGCUCUCUCUGGUGGCCAUACCCUGGGAAGAUGCCACAGAGAAAGAUCUGGAUUUGAGGGACCUUGGACUGUCAAUCCUCUCAUUUUUGAUAACUCCUAUUACAAGGAGCUGUUGACAGGUGAUAAGGAAGAUCUCCUUCAGCUGCCAUCUGACAAGGCUCUUCUCACUGAUCCCGUUUUCCGUCCACUUGUUGACAAAUAUGCUGCAGAUGAAGAUGCCUUCUUCGCUGAUUAUGCAGAAGCUCACCUGAAACUCUCUGAACUUGGAUUUGCGGAUGCCUAAGCACCCGGUAUCAGGUUUCCGUGUGUAUGUUGAUGGUGCUCGAUUCAUCCUUCCUGUUCUGAUUUGUCAGAUGUAACAGUCGGUGCGAUGCGGAUGAAUUUGAUGGAUACGUUCCUUGGUGUGUGAUCUUUCUUAUGGACAUGUCCAUUAAUGGAAAAACUUAGGUGGCAUGAUAUGUGAGCGUGCUUUUGAUUUGAAUAACAUGAGCUUUCUAAA